AUGCUUCUCAAAUCAAACCCUCUGAUUGCGAUGGGCAUGGCGAUCACGCUACAGGCCUUAUCAGCAUCAUCCUACAGCAUCCCAUCUCGCCAGCAACAAGACCUGUAUAACUCCAACAUUGUUUUCGAAGCUCCCAAUCCUACUUGGCUUGAGGGGAUAGCAGUGCGACACAAUGGUCAGAUUCUUACCACUACCAUCAGCGCGCCGAUACUGCUACAAAUCGACCCAAGCCAGAAGCGCGACUCGAUCGCGGUCGCACGAAUUCCUGACGCCACAAGCACUCUUGGAAUUACUGAGCUUGAGAAAGACGUAUUCUACGUCAGCGCGGGGGAUAUGAGCAAUGUGACUGCGACGAGCUUAGUGUUCCCUAGCAAGAUCUGGCAAGUGGAUAUGCGGCAUUUCCGCGCAAACGAGCAAGGAAACGUUACUCGACCGGCAAAGAUAUCCUUGGUCGCAGAUCUCUCUAACACUACUUUUGUCAACACUUUGUCUCGACUUGGACCGAAGGACAACUCAGCAAUACUUAUCUCCGAUUCUGGCGCCGGCCACGUCCUCAGGCUAGAUGUUCGCACUGGUGUUGCCUCAGUAGUCAUCAACGAUCCUACUAUGCUACCAAACGUCCCUGGAUCAGCGGGUGUCAGCGGAAUUCACAUCCAUGGCUCUGAGCUUUUCUACGCCAACUUUGCUGCAGCGACCUUUCUGAAGAUGCCCAUCUCACUUAUCACUGGCAAGCCAGUCGGACCAGCUACUCUCAUCACGAACGGCACUCUUAUCGAUGACUUCACACUCUCUAGGGAUGGAAAGAAGGCUUGGGCUUGCACAAACCCUCGCAAUCAGUUGAUCGAGAUCGAUAUACCCGGCCAGAGUUUCCGAACUGUUGCUGAAGGUUUGAACGCAACGUCUGCUGCAUUGGGUCGUGGUCGUUUUGAUCGUGAUAGUGUGUACUUCGUCAGUGGUGGUGGACUAGACUUUCCUCUUACGAAUCCUGGUGUAUCUGGCGGUAGAGUUGUGAAGGUUGAUGUUUAG